AUGAACGAAAUCGCUUCCCGAUUUGCCAGCCUAACGGUCCAACAGCAGUUCACAUUCAUUCAAAAUCUGCAUCAGGCCAAUGGGCAAUUCAACACCGACGUGUUAACAAAAUAUUUGGACUUUGACGUCACCAACACAUUUUCCGAAUGGCUCACAAAUCCAGAAAAACAUCAGUUGGUAAGCUUGUUAAAACCCUUGUUUUUAUCUAUGUAUUUUCAACAAUGGAAGUGUCCGAAGUGUAGCGCUUAAAUUUUAAUGAAACAAAUGCGUGGGUAAAGUAAAAAAUGAGCGUUACACUCGAGGUACUUCCUUUUAAAAAACGUAAUUCGCGGUAAUUGCUAAUUCUUUUCAGGAGAUCAGCCAGAUUGCUAGUUACCUCUCCAAGCUGACAAUUCAGCAGCAAAAUUCUUUUAUUCAAAAUCUACAUCAAGCCAGUGGACAAGUCAACAUGGAAGUCCUCAGCAAAUACAUUGACUUUGACACCACGGAUGCCUUCAGGGAUUUUUAG